AUGUCUCCCACCACACCCGCGCCUGAAGACCAACCCACCCACCGCAAACCUUCAACGAUUGCAUUAAUAUCGCUGCUUGCCCUUCUACUUGCCGUUGCUAUUACCCGCUCUGCGACCUCGGGCGCAUCCACCACCGAGCUCAGCUCGCAAAGUACCACCACCCCCAACACCGCCAACCUGUCUCGUCUCCGUCGCUUCUUCAGCUCACCCGUCGCCUCCGCAGUAGGUCGAUCUACGGUCGAGUCCACCACCAUGUCGAAAACGCCGGUGUAUUUUUUGAGCCAUGGGGGUGUACGUCCAGCCCUUCCCCGUUUGACAGAGCCGAAUAUCAUGUACGAUCAUCAGCACCCGGCGUACCACAAGCUGGGGGAGAUCGGACGCGAGAUCACGACGAAAGUGAAGCCGCGGGCGGUGGUGGUUUUCUCGGCCCAUUGGCAAGGGAAACAGGAUACGAUCCAGGUGAAUACGGCGGAGAUUACGGAGUUGAUCUAUGACUUCUACGGGUUUCCGAGCCAUUACUACAAGGAGAAAUAUCCGAAUGUUGGGAGUAAGGAGAUCGCGGAGAAGGUGCUGAGUGCGCUGGGUGAGGCGGGAAUCAAGGCUGAAGGGGUGAAGAGGGGGCUAGAUCAUGGCGUUUGGGCGAGCUUCAAGUGUGCCUUCGAGCCCGAGAAGAACCCGUUGAAUGUCCCUAUUGUGCAAGUCUCGCUGUUCGACACGGAAGACCCCGUUCAGCAUUACCGACUUGGCCAGGCGGUGUCGAAGCUUCGUGAGGAGAACAUCCUGAUCAUUGUUUCCGGGAUGGCAGUUCACAAUUUGCGGGACCUGCAGUUCUCCUUUGGCGACCCGCGGCCGCUGCCGUAUACCGCCAGCUUCGACGAGGCUCUGAAGGAUGCGGCCACCGCCAAGCCGGCGGAGAGGGAGCAGGCCUUGGUGGAUCUGCUGAAGCGGCCCGAUGCCCGCAAGGCGCACCCGACCUUUGACCAUUUGCUCCCCAUUCAUAUUGGAGCUGGCGCGGCCGGGGACGACAAGGGAAGGCGCUUGUGGACCCUGAAGGAAGGAAGUAUGAGCUGGGCGCAGUAUAGAUUCGGCGAGAUCGCCACCAAUACUAGUUCGCUGUAGUCUGUGUUGAUAAACCUGGUGAAUUUAAUAGAUUUCCAAGUUCU